AUGCCCGAAUCUUUCACAAGUUCAUCCUCAUACUUCUACAGUUCCACAACCAACGGCAACGACGGCCAAGCCACAACCGGUCAUCGCUAUGCAACCACCUCGCACACCGAGUCCGACGGCACAACCAUCGUCCGUACAGCCCACCAGGACCUCGGCCAGCCGGCUAUGAUCGAGGAACGUCGGUAUGAUAGUACCGGCCAGGAACAGCUCGCACUGCGGGAGCCGGCAGGUGUGGGUUCUACCUCGGCGGGAACUUCGGCUGGUGGUGUGAGGCGGAUUACGGCUGUAGAUGAAGACGAUGAGACGCCGACGCCGACGACGCGUACGACGCCUGGUCUUGUUUCGCAUUCUGGGCUGAUCCUUGCUGGCGGCGCGGCGGCUCAGUUGCUUGAUGGUGAUGGGGAUGACUUUGAUAUAGGUGUGCAGCCCAGGGAUAGCCGAGUUUUUGAUCCUAUGACUGAUGCUUAUUACCAGCUUGGCGAGUUUGAAGUUGACAAUGUUACCGGGCAUCAUCAAAGGACGAUUGGUCGUGGUACAAGGAGGGAUGUUGAGUCGAGGCAGUUAGAGAAUCCUAGUACUGGUGCGCGGGUGCCAAUACAGACUGGGUUUGAUGUCAACAAAGUGAUCUAG